CAAUGAAGCUGAACACCAGAAUUCCACCAGAAUUAACGGCAAAAUGGGUGAGGAAAUUAGCAACAAGCAAGUGAUACUAAAAAACUAUGUCGAAACAUCUUUGAAAGAAUCCGAUAUGUCGCUUAGAACUUCCAAAAUUCAGCUUAAAAUUCCCAGCGGUUGCGACGGCGCGGUUUUGGUGAAGAAUCUCUACUUAUCCUGCGAUCCUUUCAUUAUUAACCGCAUGAAGAAGCGAGAGGUCUAUAUUGCUUCUUACACGCCGGAUUCUCUUAUUACUGGAUAUGGAGUGUCGAAAGUACUGGAUUCGUCUCAUCCAAAUUUCAAGACGGGUGAGCUAGUUUGGGGGUUUACUAGCUGGGAGGAGUAUAGCCUUAUUAAAGAUCCAAACAUAUUCCUUACUGGCUGGCAGGAACAUAGCAUUAUUAAAGAUCCAAAACUAUUGCUUAAGGUUCAAGAUAAAGAUUUGCCUCUCUCUUAUUAUACAGGGAUUCUUGGCAUGCCUGGCAUGACAGCUUAUGUUGGUUUUUUCGAGUUUUGCUCUCCCAAAAAGGGGGAAACUGUGUAUGUCUCUGCUGCAUCCGGAGCUGUUGGUCAGCUCGUUGGUCAGUUUGCAAAGACAGCAGGUUGUUACGUUGUUGGGAGUGCAGGGAGCAAGGAAAAGGUCGAUAUCUUGAAGAACAAAUUCGGGUUUGACGAAGCAUUCAACUACAAAGAAGAGCGAGACUAUAAUGCAGCGUUGAAGAGGCACUUCCCCGAUGGCAUCGACAUCUACUUUGAGAACGUAGGAGGAAAGAUGCUCGAAGCGGCUCUAAGCAACAUGAGACUCCACGGUCGUGUUGCUGUUUGUGGGAUGAUCUCCCAAUACAGCCUCGAGCAGCCCGAAGGCGUCCACAACUUGCUUAACCUAUUGACAAAACGGAUCCGUAUGGAAGGAUAUAUCGUUAGCGACCACUACCAUCUCUACCCGAAGUUCCUGGAGAUGGUUGUGCCUCUAAUCAAGGAAGAGAAGAUCACAUAUGUCGAAGACAUAGCCGAAGGCAUUGAAAGCGCGCCUGGGGCUCUCGUUGGCUUAUACUCCGGUCGCAACGUCGGGAAGCAAGUGGUAGUGGUUGCUCGUGAGUAAUUCUGUUUUUCGCAGAGUGAAUCAUCGGAAAUAAGGAAGGAUUUAAAUAAGGGUAUAAUCAUGAAUUAUAAAUAUAUAAUCAUGAAUUUGAUGUAUUGUUAUUAAUUGAAACAUGAAGGACUUAAAUAAGGCUAAUCAUCCCAAAUAACAGAAUCUGUAUUGCAAUUUUAUUGAUUUUCAAACUAUUGCACAAAUUAUGAGACAACACCUCCAAUACUUCAUUUCUUA